GAAAAUGAAAUAAAUUCAAUGAAUUCAUUUUAGAUUCGUUUAUUUAUUCGUCUGAAAUCACCGAAAUGGUUCGCUUAAUUUUGCACGGUCGAACUGAGACGCAAUUUACUAAUUGAUCGAUGGGAGGCUGCCGAUGUACAUUCCGUGACUGCACAAAUAAUACGGUUAAUUCGCCGGGGAAGCAUUUCUUUCAUUUCCCAUACAAGGAUAACGAACGAUGCAAAAGAUGGGCUCUAAACUCCGAGAAGAUACUAUUUUUGCGACUGCCAUGGACACAGCUAAGGAACAAAACCGUGUGUGAAGACCAUUUUACCGAUCAUUGUUUCAUGAAUUACAAGAAAGAGCGUCUGGUGAAAACGGCCGUUCCAACGAUUUAUAUGGCAAAAGAUGGGCUUGUUCAUGACAUCGAAGUGGAUGAGUCAAAGCUUGAAUCGUUGGUAUAUUGUUUCAACGAGAAAGGUUCCGAUCAAAAGACGAUUGACUUGCCAGAUUCACAGCCACAAAAAAGAACCAUUCACGUUAAUUUGGCGGUUGACGAAGGUCCGAACGCUGAUGAUGAGUACAAUACCAUUGUUUUGACCGAUUCAAAUUUGAUUCCAGAUACAUUGGUCGAAUCAAAAACGAAUCCAAACGCACCAAAUGUUCUGAACGACUCGAAACCGGUUGUAUUAAAUCGUGUAUGCCAGAAAGGAGGAGUGAAACGCUUCUCAGUACGAAAUGUGCAGGAGAAAACCAGUAUCAAACGGCCAGAAUACGACGAAGCUGAAGUGACGUAUACACCGAACAAGAGAAUAAAAUCGGAAGGAGUUGUUGUCGUUGGACGAACAUAUGGAAAAUCAAAUGCAACCAAUUCAAUUACAUUGCACGAUGCACACGAUUCAGACAGCAUAUCACCAACCACCGAAAAUGGAUUAAAUGAUCCCAUUACGGUUAACAUACUGGAGAAAAUCAAUCACAUCGAAGAACGUGACGCAAACAAAGUGGAUAAAUCACUCUAUAUGCAAAUGAUGACCGAACACUCCAAACAAAUUGAAGACCUUAAGAAACUGCUGACGGACAAACUGGCCGAUAAGAAAGAUACACAAAACUCAUCGGCAUCAUCGUCCACCGAUGUGAAACAUAUUCGCGUUGAAAAGGGCCCAGCAAUGACAAAAGUCCAAUUGUUCAAUGGAAUUCGUAAGUAUUUAAAUCCAACCAUGGUUGCGCUGCUUCGUAUGGAAAUGUUCGGCAGUUCUGAUCGCGAAUAUCGACCCGAUGAAAAGCAAUUGUCUAAAGAGCUCUAUAAUUUAAAUCAAAAUGUAUACGAUUACAUGCGAGAUGAAUGGCGCUUCCGUUUACCACCCAAGGCUGACGUCGAAGAAUGGCUCAAACAUCCAGAUGACGAAGAAACCUGGGAUUUAUGCUAGUUUUUCAAUUCUAUUUUUCGCUGUAAUUCAAUUUUACUUUUUAAAUAAUAAAUGGAUUCACUUUUUUUCCUCCACAAA